CAACAGAAGGAGAGGAGAGACGUCAUGCACACCUGCUCUGUAGUCUGCACAAGAGGAAACUCGAGCUCUUCUGUCAAGAGGAUCAACAGCUUGUGUGUCUCAAGUGUCAAGACUCAAAAUUACACCAAGGUCACAAAUUCAGUCCCGUUAGUGAAGCAGCAGUUAAUGCUAAGGAGGAUCUCAUGGGCAAACUGCAGGAGAAGCUGAAGGCUUUUAAGAAGGCUAAAGACACCUGUCAUAAAUCAGCUGAGUAUAUUAAGACUCAGACCAAACACACAGCGAGGCAGAUCAACAAGCAGUUUGUUGAGCUUCACCAGUUUCUACGAGAUGAAGAGGCAGCCAGGAUAGCUGCACUGAGGGAGGAAGAGGAGCAGAAGAGUCAGAUGAUGAAGGAGAAGAUUGAGAAGAUGAGCAGAGAGAUCUCAUCUCUUUCAGACACAAUCAGAGCCAUAGAUGAUGAGAUGGGAGCUGAUGACAUCUCAUUCCUGCAGAGCUACAAGAGCACAGUGGAAAGAGCCCAGUGCACACUGCAGGAUCCAGAGAGGGUUUCAGGAGCUCUGAUCAAUGUGGCAAAGCACCUGGGCAACCUAAAGUUCAGAGUCUGGGAGAAGAUGCAGGAGAUUAUACAAUACACUCCUGUGACUCUGGAUCCCAACACUGCACACCCACGACUCAUCCUGUCUGAGGAUCUGACCAGUGUGAGAUGGGGUGAUGAGAGACAGCAGCUUCCUGAUAACCCAGAGAGAUCUGAUCAACACAGCACUGUCCUGGGCUCUGAGGGCUUUAACUCAGGGACUCACUGCUGGGAUGUGGAGGUCGGGGAGAACAAGCGCUGGAUUCUCGGCGUCAUAGACGAGUCUGCCCAGAGGAAGGGGAACUGUCAGUGGAUGAGUGGACGAUAUGUUUGCUGGUGUAUUGAAGGUGUGUACAAAGCACGCUCCCGCCCGCACACCUCCACCGUCGUCACAGUGGACCCCAGUCCCCGGAGGAUCAGAGUGCAGCUGGACUGGGACAGAGGAGAGCUGUCAUUCUCCGACCCUGAUAAUAACACACACCUACACACUCUCACACACACCUUCACUGAGAGAGUGUUUCCAUACGUUGAUGCCUGGGAGUCUACUCUGCAGAUCUUACCGCUGAAGGCUUCAGUAGCAGUAGAACAGCACAGCUAG